AUUAAUUGCGACGCGGUGUGCCGGAGGGCGACGACACCUCUCGUAUUAUUCUAUAAUCGUAUGCACCCUCGAGGGUAGAGUUCCAGCUUCGCGUACGCAGCGGAUGUUCUUUGGAGAUCCUUCUGCGAGACUGAGUUGCGGGUUUUUCUACAGAAAGGAUUUGGAGAGACGACCAAAUCGCGAGGAUUAGCGAGCCCGUUUUUUGAGCUCCUGACAGUGUAAUCUCUCGACGUUUCAUCGAGGAGCGGAGUUCUUGCGCCCUAUUUCUUUCCGGAGGCAGAGUGAGGACUGAUGGAGAGUCUCCAGGUGAAAUCCCCGCCGAAGCAGCAACCGAAGAAAGCCUUUCCUCUCAGUGCGACGGAGACGACGCAGGCCGAGGAUGCCCGUUCACGCUUGAUGGCCAUCUCGCAGUUCGCCCCUCCGGCUGUGGAUCCCCAGGUGCAGACUCCGAAGGUGCCUUCGAGUAUCGACGCGGAUGAAGACGUUCGUAGCAGAUUGAUGUCUCUGUCGUACGUUAACAUUGAGCAACCGAGUAACUAGUCGUUCUGAUGAUUUUGAAUUGGGAUGUUGAAAUUCACGUUUCGACGGCGAAACGUGCGGAAUUGCACUGCUUGCCAUCAGUCCAGCCUCUGAGUUGUAUAUAGGGCGGUUCGAGGGCGAAGCGACGAGGAGGAGUCUCAUCUCGUGACACCAGGUGAGGAUGACGAUAUUAUACUCUUACGGAACGUUUGAAAAUAUGAGACGUUUGCGGCGGAACAGGCAACAUCCUUCAAGCAAACACCAGAAUUUCUAAUGUUGUUGCCCUCAAGGCCGUUUUAAUUGUGCCAUGCAUUUGCUAAACUUUCUUGUCGCUUGCGGCAGCACCGUGGGAAUCCUGGGCUCCCACUUGCAGUACUUGUCACCGUUCACACGGUUUUUGGUACAUCUUAGCUCAGUCUUAGCUAUCUUGUACAAUCAGUCUCUGAAGGCUAGGUUUCGAGGAGAAUGCAGUUUGUACAUUUCAUUAUCUGCACAGGAAGACUUCAGAGGCCCAGUUAAAGGGUGGAGUGAGCUAUAGUACUUGCUUAUGUAAAAAAAAAGAGCUUUGUACUUCAAAAUAAUCGUAAUCAACAGGUGGUUCUUCAUGACUU